GAUUCCUGGGCGUAGAAGGAUCAGAAACAACAACAAUCAAGGACAGUUAGAUUAGAUAUUUAGCUGAGGAAGUCUGAACAUUACUAGAUUAUUUUAUGUGUGUAUUUAUGUUAAAUCCUGCAACGCAAAGCACCAAUUUUUGUGUUUUGAUUACUUGUAAGAAGCUUUUAUCCAGAUGUGUUCGAUACCUUUAACUCAAUAAGCACUUAAUAUUUGGAUUUCUGGGUUUACAAUGGCCCUGGAGUGAGUGACAGACCAAAAACACAGUUAACAGCACCUAUGUGAUCGGAGGAGAGCAGCAUCCAGCUACGAUCCCAAAAUGAAGGAUUUGUCAGCCCGGGAUAACACCAGCAAUGAAGCCUUUAGGCUUCUAAAGCAGUUAAAUAUGUACCUGGAGCAAGAACCAAAAUACCAGCCUAGGGAGAAAGGACUAAUACUCAUAGAGUCAACAGUAGAGAAUGAUAAUACCAUCUGUCCAAAGUUCAGGAAUGCAAAAGUUGAAGACUUGUGGAGUUUAACAAACUUCUUUGGCCUGAGUAUGGAAACAUUUGUCUUGGCUGCGAACAUCUUAGAUAGAUUUUUGGCAAUUAUGAAGGUAAAGCCAAAACAUUUGUCAUGCAUUGGAGUUUGCUGCUUUCAACUAGCAGCCCGGGUUGUAGAGGAAGCUUGUAAUGUGCCAUCCGUCCAUGAUGUGAUCCGCAUCAGCCAAUGUAAAUGCACUGUGUCCGACAUAAAACGAAUGGAGAAAAUCAUUUCAGAAAAGCUGCACUUUGAAUUUAACGCUACCACUGCCUUAACCUUUUUGCACUUGUAUCACACAAUAGUCCUCUGCCACUCAUUAGAGCGGAAGGAAGUAUUGAACCUUGACAAACUGGAAGCUCAGCUAAAAGCUUGCAACUGCCGACUGAUAUUUUCCAAAGCAAAACCCUCAGUAUUAGCCUUGUGCCUUCUUACGCUUGAAGUGGAAACUUUAAAGUCUCUAGAACUCUUUGACAUCGCCCUGCGUGUACAGAAACAUUCUAGGGUUAAUGAUAGAGAUAUGCUUUACUGGAGGGAGUUGGUUUCAAAAUGCCUAGCAGACUAUUCCUCCCCUCAGUGCUGCAAGCCUGACCAUAAGAAAUUGGUUUGGAUUGUUUCCAGGCGCACUGCACAAAACCUGCACAAUAGUUAUUACAGUGUUCCGGAACUGCCAACUAUUCCAGAGGACAGCUGCUUGAGUGAGAGUGAGGAUUCGUGUGAAGAUAUGAGCAGUGGAGAAGAUAGCCUAAGCAGCUCUCCUCCAAGUGAUUUGGAGGCUUCCUUCUUUUUUGAUGAUUUCAAGCCUAAAAUGAAACGCCGCUCUCGUCAUCUUUACCCUUAAUUUUGUGCCAUGAUAUUGUAUGCAUGUUAGGUAGUGAUUGUGAAGUUCUAGGAGGGAGUUGAGGCAGAAAUAUUUAUUUUACUGUUUUCACACUUAUUUUAUUUAACUUUGCACACUUUUCUUAAAUCUUUCAAACGGUUAACAGCGCUGAUUUUGUGUCUUGUUUACUUUUUUAAAAUGUAAUUUAAUCUGUUUUGAAGUCCAUGUACAUAAUUAUUUUUACAUUCUUUAUAGCUUCCAAAAAAAUUGAGACAUCAAGGGGCUUUACAUUCUAAAAUCUAUCUUGCAUAUGAAAGUGCACAAUUUAAAAGCUUUAAAAUGAUAAACCUUAAAAAGGUUGUUAAAGCUGUUCGUUUUGAUUUUGAAGCUAAGAGGGUACACGCGUGCAAACAUUUUUUUGUGAUUAUUGAAGCAAGUUGCACAAUUCUAGUAGAGUAUUGGUUUGCAAACCUGUCCUCAGACCUCCCUAACAGGCCAGGUUUUCAGGAUUACCUUGUAUAAGAGCAGGUAAAAUAACCACAUUUACUAAUCUGCUGAUUAUUUCACCUGUGAUCCAUUUCAGAUAUACUCAAAAUGUGGACUUUUUGGGGGGUCCUGAGGACAGGUUUGAAAACCAGUGUAGUAGAGUGACAUUUUAAAAUGUGCUUCUUCAAAUGCAACAGAGCAAAAAUGUUUUUGUGUCUCUAAUAGUUUCAUAAGCAUUUUACAUUGUAAUGUAACUGAAAUGGUACAGUUUUUUUUUUUCUUGGCUUCAUCCUCUGCCCUCCGCUAUAUAAUGAGGCUUUAUUGUUGGAUUUACAGAACAGAUGUUUGUUAGUGGUGUUAACUAAUUUUACAUUCCAAAGCAAAUUGUAUUGUGAAAAUUUGUUUACAAAAAGAUUUUUUUUUUUUUUUUUUUUUUUUUUUUUUUUUGCAUGAUUUUCAUUUUGGAUGUAGCUUUGGUGCAGUAUAUAUGCCAUGUUAAAGGGGGGGGGGGGAAUCAACAAUGAAUACUUGUUUUUAAACUUUAAAAAAAUCUUGUAGUGUAUUACAUAAGGGCCUAAUGAGCAACACAUAAACAAAGAACCAAAGUGAUUCAUAUUAGUAUAACAGGAAAUGUAUUUCUGGUUUUAGAUAUUUGCAGUAACGAUCAUAUAAAGGGAAGAUAAAUUAAGCUGCAGAUGGACAUGUGUUUAAGCACAGAACCUGUCCACCCACAAGCUCUCAUAUGCAACUAAACAUGGGUUAGAGCAGAGCCUGUCAAUCACCCAGAAUAAGCAAUUUCAGGGUGAUUUAUCUUCACCACAAGCUGCUUCUUAAAUUUAUUUAUGGUUACAGGCUUGUUCAUGUAAGUUUGCAGCUCAACAUGCCAGAAAUUGUAAAUAAAGCUUGAUACAUUCUUCCCAUCGUGUUAUAUUGGUUGGACUGGAUGGUAUUAAACCAUCCUACCCAGAUUUUAAUUACAUUUUAUGUGACCUCUAGUUGCCAAAUAUAAAGUUGCCUUUUACGACAAUAGAUGUGCUGAAAUUUGAUUGCCAAGUAAGUUCAAAGUGAAAUUAGUUUUUUUGUUGAACAUGGAAAGUGACGUUAGAAGAAAAUGUUUUUUUCUUUUUGGAACAUGAUAGUAUGAAAUGUGAAUUGUAGACAAUUUAAACUGAAAGGCCCAGACAUGACUGUUAUUAUUGAAAUGUACGUGAUAUAGUACAGAUGUGAAUGGUGCUGUAAGUGUUAAUUGUAUAAUUUUACAGUGUAUAAGAGCAAUAAUGCUCAAAAUGUACAUAGAAAAAAAAUGUAAAUUAGAAAAAAAUUGUACAGAAAAAUGUAAAAGCUAAAAUGCACAGAAAAAAAUGUAUUUUUUUACAUGUAUGUAGUUUUUUGUUUUGUUAAAAUGUGUAGAUAUUAACUUAUUCCAUAAAAUAAUGCAUAUCUGAGGCUGUAGCGGUUUACAGCUUCAUUUAAAAAAUAAACAAAAUCACUUUUUA